UACUUCUGAAACGUACGCCCCCUUGGCAGCAUAACCAGAGACCGGUAGGGAAACCCUUACGUUAUUUGACCGACUGCCAAAAAUACAGUACGAUAUUCUACAUCUACUGCAGUAUUCGUGAGUAUUAUAUCAACGCACAUGUUGCAAGAUAACUAUAUUAGCGUCUACAGUUAGAAAUAGGCGAGAAUGUCGUCAGGAAAAAGACUAGCGAAACGAUCUAUCAUAGGCGCUCGCGUAUGUUGCCCUCAUCCCAGUCAAGAUGGCUACUUUUUCCCGUGUGCGAUACAAGCAACCAGAACCGGCCAUUCCGGACAGAACAGAUACAGUGUCAAGUUUGUCGACGGAACAGUUGCAGAAGUUAAGGAAACGGAGCUGAUCGGACAAGGUUUCAGAAGUAUUGCUUCUAUCGGGCUGAAGAAAGGUCAAAAGGUCUACAUCACCCUGUCGGGUAAAGAGGUUCAGGGGAUCGUCAUCUCACACCAAAUGAAUGAUGAGGUACUGGUGGCUGUCAGCGGACAGGAACACCCGGUUCUGCAUGUCAGCAGGAGGAUACAAGAGGUCAGACUGACGGAGAGUCGAAAAUCGGCAAGACUUGCAGACCACGAUACUGACUACGUUAAACUGGCUAACAUUCACGCUCACACACAGAAGCGAGCCGUUUCAGGCGUCAUAGAUGUGCCAUCUUCUAAUCCAAGGAAGAGAACAAGUGCCAGUUUAAGUGAAGAUGUGGAGGCAAUGGAUGAACAAAUUGCGGCCAUGGCCCUUACUAGUCUGUCGUGCAGCCCCGUUCCGUCCCACAUCACGCGAUUACAAGAAGUAGAGAUGUGGGCCGCUGGAAGCGAAGGUGGUCACUCGUCAAGUUACUCAAGUUGGGACACUGAUGGCAGUUGGAAAAGCAGCCCAUCCCCACCCUCCCGGCUUCCAGUCUCUGCCGUCCCUACACCGGUCCAAGUAUUCACUGGGAACUCUACGGAUGAGGGCAUUGGGCUCGAGGAGGCCUUUGAUGAGCCUUCAGAUGAAAGUUCACCACGAAAGAAAAGGCUGCCCAGUCGGAAGGUCUACCAGUGCACAUGGCAGGCCUGUGGAGUCGUCUCUGCCACUAGGUCAGCUGUUGAACGCCACAUACGACAUGCUCAUCUCAUGAGGCAGGACAACAGUGAUUCUGACCUGAGCGACGAUCAUGAGGAAGAAUUCUACUACACAGAGAUAGAGGUCAAUGUCGACAACAUCACGGACUCGCUACAGCAUAUGAACAUGUCAACAUCCCCUGCGCCCACCCAGAGCCACAUGGACAUGGUGCGGCCUCCGCACGAAGACCCCAUUUAUAAGGACCAUCAGUAUGGUAUACGACCGGUGGAAAGCACCUUUUCUGCUCCCGUCAACAUUCCCCAGAUACAGAGGUCCUUGUCGUGGCAAGCAUCUACUUCUGGUACAAAUUCUGUGUCACUGCAAAGUCAAGGUUAUAGAUCGAUAUUCUACCAACGUCAGCAGCAGCACCAGGCCGCUUCUCCCAAGUCUCCUACCUACUUGUGCUCUACGCAACGCAGCAGCAAGGGACGCGGAGAGGGUCGCAAGUGCAGAAAGGUGUAUGGUAUGGACAACAGAGAUCUAUGGUGUACGCAGUGCAGGUGGAAAAAGGCGUGCUCCCGGUCAUUUGACUCGUACGCAUAGGUACUUGGUUUCUUCCAGUGGUUUAGCCAGUAGGGGGUUAAUACACCAUCAGUUCUAUGUCGCAUCCUCGUAAAACUCUUAUUCUGUGUGUUUGGAUAAAUUAAUGCUCUUGACCUUUAAUCGAUGCACCACAGGGAGAAUUUCUACUACAUUAUCCAUUUGGAGUCUCACUAGAUGAUGUAGCUGUAUUUUUAUAUACAAACGCUGACAAAAUGUGUAUGUACAUGUAUAUGUGUGUGUAUGUGUACGUGUAUAUGGAAAGUAUGUGCUUCUGAUCAGGAGUGAAUAAAAACACAUUUUCUUGUUGUUUUUAUUCAUGCCUGUUCUGAUGUUUUAUGGUUUAGCCUCGUAAUAUGUUGUAAAUGCAAAUCAUUCAGGUGAAUCGGCAGUUGUGUGCCGAAUGCUAAAAAUAAUCAUCUUCAUGCGACGUAGAUGAAAUUUAAUAGCACCAGGUAGAACUGUACGUGGAAUUAUUACAUCUGAAUUCAAUAAUCUCAGUAUCACAAUGAGAUGCAUCUAAAUACUUUUGUGUGUGCUGUAAAUAGUUUGUAGAACAGAAAACUAUCUACACAAUGAUUAGCUGUAAUAGGGAUAGCUCCAAGAAAAGGUCCUGUAUAAUUGUGAGCAUUUAGUGUCAACCACACUGGUUUAUUAUCUAGUGUUUUUAGUCGUUGAAGUUGUGAGCUUUUAUGAUAUAGACGUGAUUAGUAGCAAUCUUACAUUUUAACAGUAUUUAAUACCAUUUACCCGUUUUUAAACUGCGUGAUCUUUUGUGGUCUCUAGAUUUAUUCCUCAGUAUUCCAGAUCGUUUUGAGGCAGUCAUGUUAAUGCUGAAUAUACCUGUGAACUUGUGGCGCCACUGUGGAGGGAAAAAAGAAAAUGAUGUAGCAUUAUGUCCCUUUAAACCAGGAAACUAUUUCAGCAAAAGUAUUCCUGUUGGUCUCGCCAAGAGCAUAAACCAAAAUGAGUGAGGUAAUGUGUAAGUUAUAUAUAUGAAGAGCAUUUUAUAUACAAUCACACUACAUAAUUGUAUCGGGGUAUAUGUAUAGCAAUUGCAACAUGUUAAUGCACUUUUAAAUUUGAGUGGGCUGUAAUGGUCGAUAAUCGAAACAAGGAUCUGUCACUGACUCGUGUGCAUCUGAGCAUGCAGACUCGACAAAUCGUACAGGUGGAGUCUGUACAUAUAUAAAAGCACUACCAUACAUUACAGGCUGUAUGUCAUGCAGUUGUGUGCAGUUAUUUUUCAAUGUAUUUUAGCAUAUGUAGGGGUAGAGGUUUGUAGUUAGUUGUUUGGUCAGGAAUGACAUUGAAGUUACUAAAUUAUUGCUUGUAAGUUGUAUUGUCUUUGUAUCUGUACGUGAGAAUGUGACCGGUUUUUUCUUAGCAGCUGUGCGGAGUUAUGCAUGAUAAAGUUAAGCAAUUCACACCCUACACUUGAAUCUCUCUUUAUCUUUGGCAUUGUACGUGGUUGUAAAAUUUGUAAGUGUUUACAUGUUGUACAAUGAAUUGUCAUUUCACAAAGUGAUCGAAUGCUA